CUCUCUUCGCCGCGGAUAUCCAGCAGCGUCCGCCAUAUCAAUAGCCAGCCUCUUUCUGGCCGUCUUCAGCAGUACAAGCCCGACACAAUGGACGACUACCUUGAUAUGCUCCUUCCGUUGCCCAUCGGCCUGCUUCCUCCGCCGUUCAGUACCUUGCUCUAGACCACGACGGCUGGUGUUUCCUGCACCGAUGGCUAACUCUCACUGGCCCCUAUGGACGGUCAGCGUUGCUAGGGAAGAGCUUUAAAGGGCGGACUGAAACGAAGCUUUCGUCUGGUAACCGCUUUCGACCCGUUCGUUAUCUCGCUCUCGACGCUUUCGGUGCCUGUCGGCCCCUACUCGCUUUCUCUUAUUCGCAUAAUCUAUGGACGGCAUACAAAAGUCUAAAUUCUGGUUCGCUGACGGCAACAUCGUCAUCAUAGCUGGUCCCGUAGCGUUCAAGGUCCACCGCGGGCAGCUCGAACGGCACUCUGAAAUCUUCCACGAUCUCUUCUCUAUCCCCCAGCCGGCAGAGCAGGAGCUCAUAGAUGGAUGUCCUUGUGUCGAGUUGCAUGAUCCACCUCAGGACGUGCUAUAUCUUCUGAUGGCGCUGUACGACGGACUUUACUUCGACAAAUCGUCUGUGGGAAACUUCCCUAUUAUCGCUGCGGUGCUCCGCCUCUCCACGAAAUACGUCAUUGAACAUCUCCGGCAGCGAUGUCUCGUCCAUCUGGGUGCCGAUUGGCCUUCGACCCUGGAAGGAUGGGACGCCCGCGAGAAUGCUGCCAUUGACAAGCACGGGACAUACUCUCCCCGCGACACCUGUGCGCACCCUACCCUGGUCAUCCAGCUCGCUACCGCGCUCGAUCUCCGCCACUUGCUGCUUGCCGCCUACUACGACCUCUCGCGCUACGGCCCACGGCGCAUCAUCUCGGGCGCCCCCGUCCCCUCGCCCUCGCCCGUUCCGAGCAAGGACGAACGCGCGGUGGUAUACCUCGAGCGGCACGAGCUGCAGAUGGUCCUUCUGGGGCGCGAGGCGGGGCAGCGCUUCCUGUCGGCGUUCAUCGAGACCGAGCUGACGAACCGGCCGGUCGCGGCGCAGUGCACGAACCGGCACCACGACGCGGGGCGCGUGUGCCGCGAGUCGACAUACUACGUGAUGCUCAACGUGCUGCGCGCCGUCGGCGGCGUCACGCACGGGCGCGACGCAGAUGUACUCUUCACGCUCACCCAGACGGUCGACAUGCUCUCCCGCACGGACUUCACCGACGGCGUCCGCCGGUGCGGGCUCAAGAUCUGCGCGGCGUGCAAGGAGGACCUCGCGGCGUGCGUCGCCAAGGCGCGCCAGCAUGUGUGGCACCUCAUCCCGCAGUGGUUUGGACUCGAAGCGGGCCCCGUCAGCCCUGGUUUGGCUGGUGGUCUGGACACGUUGGAUUAAACUCGUGCUUUGCGCGCGCAUAUAUAUUCUACCAUACCUACAGUAUAAUACGUAGUCUCUCCUCGAUUGUUUAAUUACCCCCUUUAAUGCCUAAUAUCACUUCGUCUUCCUAUUCGCAAGUACUCGAACGUGCCUGCGAACGCUGUGCGAACUCUGUGUCCGCGAACUCUGGGCGUGCUUCUUU